AUGUGCAACUGGGAGGAGUUCCUCUUUACAUGCCGCCACUCCGUCGUGAAGCUCAAGACAUAUUGUCACUUCGCGCGCAACGACCACAACCACCAAAUCAGUCACAGCUCUUCCGAGUUUCUGUCAUACCGGCGUGACCACGCGCGGCAGUUCUUUGGCUGCUUGGCACAGCAGCUGUCAGCAGCCCCGACUCCCCACGCGGUUCAAUACAGUCCCACCGUCCACGCAGUCUUCCUUCACAUAAGCAACGCAGAGGCAGCGAAGGCAGCGGCCCCUCCUUGUGCCGAGACGCAUGCCCUCUGCGAUAUGAGGAGCUGUUGCAGUCAUCAGCAACAGCAACGCCUGCAGCAACAGCAACGCCUGCAGCAACAGCAACGCCUGCAGCAACAGCAACGCCAACACUGA